GCGCAGCCCACUCCGGCGACCGCGGCUCUCACGCCUGCACCGGCCUCUGCGCUUCUGUCUCCCUGCCGGCGCGGCCUGCCGCAAGCCGGCAAUGUCGUUCUCUCACGACGCCACCUUCGACGCGGGCCCGCCGUCGCCGUCGCCCGCGUCGCGUACGUCGCUCGGCGGCGAGCUGGCCUUCAAGCCGCCAUCGCGCCCCGGCUCGUCGCUGCGGCGCGGCGUGCGCAAGUCAGCCGCCGACCUCGGCGCCAAUGCCAGUGCCGCAUCGCCGCCGCCGCCGCUGCCGCGCUCCAGCACGGCGCAGCAGCUCGGCAACGGCCCGCUGGGCAGCGCCGACCAGAACGCGCUGAGCCGCACCAGCUCGCACUCGUCCAUGUCCGAGGACUCGGAGCUCGAGGCGUCGGGCACGGCCAUGGCGCCGCCCGAGUCGCCGACCAAGCCGCGCUCCUCCUUCCUGCGCUCCUCGCUCGGUGCCGGUGCGGCAUCGGGCACGCCGGGCCGCGGCGAGAUGGGCCCGCCGCCCGUGCCGACGCCGCGCCAGACGGACCGGCGAGCGCGCAACGCGGCGGCGCCGGCGGGCAACGGCGACGCGAGCCUUGUCAAUGAGCUGCAGGAGAAUCUGGUCAAGGAGAUCCGGCGUCUGCAGGGCCUGCUGCUGGAGCGCGACGGCGAGAUCCGCAACCUGCGCGAGGCAAAGGAGGAGACGGAGAAGGAGCUCGGCAGCUGGAAGCCUCGCGCACUGGCGCUGAUCCAGGCUGAGGACAAGCUCAAGCAGGAGAACUGGGACCUGAACAUUGCGGCGCAGCAGUUCGAAAGCGACCUGGCCGCGCAGACGGCGCUGCUGAAGAAGGCCGAGAACGAGCGCACGCGCGUCAACAAGGACCUGCUCAAGACGCGCGACCAGCUCGAGGCGCAGCGCGUGCAGUUCGAGGCCAAUGCCGAGGAGCUGGAGAAGCUGCGCAGCAUCCGCGAGACGGAGACGGCCGUGGCGCGCAAGGAGAAGGCGGGCAUGGCGCGCGAGAUGAGCGACCUCAACGCCCUGCUGAGCGCCGCGCGCACCGAGGCGCAGCGCGCGUCCGAGCGCGACAACCUCAGCCGCAGCCUCAGCCGCAGUCUGCUGAGCAACGACACGUCGCGCAAUGACGACGACGACUUCAGCGGCGAUGCCGCAGCGCGGAGGCGCGGCGGCUCGGCGGUGCCCGGCUCGCCAGGUGCGGCUCUGGACGGCGAUGCGGGCGGGCACUCGCCGCUCGGCAAGCGUCUGGACAAGGACCGCGACCUGACGGACCUGCGCGCCAAGCUUGCGAUGGCGCACAAGCGCACGGGCAAGGACUCGAUGGAGAAGCGCCGCCUGCGCGAGCAGAACGCCGAGCUGCGCCUGCUGCUCACAAAGGCUGGCCUGAGCGCGCCGAGCGCGUCCGACGUCGAGAGCAGCGGCGACGAGGCAGAGCAGUGGGCCGACGAGCCCGACAGUCCCGCGGCGGGCCGUCUCGCCAAAAUGCGCAUGCCCAAGAGCAGCACGCGGCCGAACAUCGCCAGCCGUCUGGGCCUCGGAGCGUCGCGCAGCUCCUCGAUGGCCUUUGACGAGGAGGAGGCCGACGAGCAGGACGCAAGUCUGGAGGAGGCUUCCGACUCGGCCGCGCGCCGCGCCAGCCUCGAUGGCGUGGAUCCUGCGUUUGCGGGCGACGAGUACGCGUCGGCGCCCAAGUCGCGCCGACGUGCCGGACGCAAGACGCUCAUGCAGGCCGACCUGGCUGGCAAGGGCAGCCCGCUCUCGCGCACGGCGUAUUUGGCUGGCGAAGAGGCAGACCUGAGCUCGGAGCGCUCCUUCGAGGACGGCUCCGCCUCCGGUCACACCGAGCAGUGGGGCCACGCGCCCAGCAGCCGUCCCGCGUCCGUCAGCCUCGAGGGCGGCAACCUCGGCGCGGAGCUGGCCGGCCUCGGCGGCACAAGCAUCGACCAGCCCGACACGCUCGCGGCGCUGCUUGGCGAGACGUCGCAGGGCGCGCUCGGACUAGAGCGCGAGCCCACGCUGGCUGCCGUCGAUCACAAGGACACGCAGACCGAGGCGCAGCCCGACUUGCUCACGCCGCUCAUCGCCGAGCGCGACGCCGCGCACGCCGAGCUGCAGCAGCGCGACCUGCAGCACCGCGCCGUGCUGGCAGAGCUCGAGCAGCGCGAGCAGCAGCACAGCACUGCUCUGGCAGAGCACGCUGCCGCGCUCUCGGCGCUGCACCUCGCGCAUUCCGUCACCCUUGAGGAGCGCGACAGCGCGCACGCCCAGGCGCUCUCGACUCGCGACACGCAGCACCGGCGCGCGCUGGAGGAGCGCGCGGCUGAGCUCGCUGCUGCACUCGACAAACGCGACGAGGCGCACGAUGCGGCCAUGGCUGCGCGCAACGAGAGCCACGCCGGCGAGCUGCACAAUGCGCUUGCGCAGCAGGCCCAGCAACACGACGCUGCAAUUGGCGAGGCCCGCUCGCGGCACGCCCAGGCGCUCGCCGCUGAGGUCGCAAAGGGCGCCGCUGCGCUCACUGCCGCCGAGGUGCUGCACAAGAAGCUGUCUGCAGACCAGAGCACAGAGCACAAGCGUGUCAUUGACCGUCUCGGUGCCGACCAUGCCCGUGCGGUCGAGCGCCUUGGCGCAGACCAUGCCGCCGAGCUGGCAGAGAAGGACACGGACCACGCCGGUGCGAUCGAGGACCUGCAAAUGUCCAACGAUGCCUACGUGCGUGACCUCGAGACGGCGUUCAAAGUGACACUGCGCGAGAAGGACGAUGCGAUCAAGAAGAGCCGCGAGGAGGUCGAGGCGCUGCGCAGUCGCCUCUCGGCGCUCGAGGCCGAGCUUGCCCGCCUGCGUGCCGACGCCAAGACUGCUGCAGCUGCUGCUGCCACUGCCUCUGCGGCCACUGCACAGCUGAACGCCGCGCUGGCGGCAGCGCGCAGCGAGGCGGCAACCGAGACCAGCACGCUCAAGCGUGAGCUUGACGAGGCUCGCGCGGCGCUUGUUCAGGCGGAGCGCGACGACACCUUCGAGGAUGCCACCGAGGUGCCGAGCGAGGAGGGCAAGCUGACUGGCGUGAACGGCGCGCGCAGCCUCCUUGCUCCGGCCAUGGGCCGCAGCAGCACGCACUCGACGGCCGGCGAGACGGACGACAUGCCACAGACGCCGGCAGACGAGGAGACAGACGGAGGCGUGCGCAAGGUGGUGCUUGCCGAUUUGCGCGACACGUCCUCGCAGACAGAUGACGACUCGUGGCAGCGCUAUCAGGGCGCGCCUCGUGCCAUGUCCAGCGUCUCUUCGGCCGCUACAUUGCCUGCAGCAGGCGUGGUCAUUCUUGGCUCUCACCCGAGCAACGCCGAGACUCUUCAGCCGUCCCGCGACUCGACAUCGACGUUCGGUGGCCACCGCGACGGCUUGCCGCGGCCCGAGUCGCCAGCGCCCGUCAUGUACACUGCGGGUGCCGUCAACCGCCAGCACGGCCUCGCGCCGAGCGGUCGCGUCUCGAUGGACUCGACGCACUCAUCGCGCUACACCGACGCCGAGGAGGCUGCGACGCUCGGCCGCGCGGGCCCGCCGGUCAUGGCCGUGCCGCCGCCGCCGAGCAUGCCGCCGCCGCCGACGCUGCCGCCGGUCGAGUCGAAGCGGACUGUCAAGUCGCGCCCCUCUGCCGCAUCCAGCAUGCUGGACGGCGCACCGGCGCGGCCGCUGUCGCCGCCGCCGCCGGAGCUCGUGGCGAUGGCAGCGCAUCGGCGCAUCAGCACGCUGCAGGUGCCGCCUUCGUCGAGCGAUGGACACGGCCGGCCCGCGAGCCGUCUCUCGACAGCCGCCAUGCCGCCGCCGUCCUCGUACGUCUCGCCCGGCGCGCCGAGCCGGCAGCGCCCGUCUCUGUCGAGCCUGCGCGCCCGCACGAUGUCUCAAGAGAACGGCCUGCCGAUGAGCGCGGGGCGCGCGAGCGACGCCGCCAGCAUCCACAGCGCACGCCAGAGCACAGCGUCUCGCCGCUCGCACGCGGCGGCGCUCGGCGGCGCACUGCAUCUGCGCGGCGCCUCUGCCGCCUCGUUCGCCUCGGAUGCCACGUCCGAGCUCAGCCGGCGCAUGUCCUUUGCCUCGUCGCACGCCUCGGAUGCGGCAGCUGACGGCGCGCAGGGCGGCGCGGCGGGCCUGACGCCGCCGAGCACCGACCCGAUGGUCAUCCACGCCAUCACGCAGACCAUGAUCGGCGAGUAUCUGCACAAGUACACGCGCCGCACGAUGGGCCGCAGCGGCCACUCGGAGAAGCGGCACCGCCGCUACUUCUGGCUGCACCCGUACACGAAUAUGCUGUACUGGACGCUGUCUGAUCCGGGCUCGCAGAACGUGCGCGAGGGCAUGAGCAAGGGCGCCGUCAUCGAGGGCGUGCGCGUCGUGGAGGACACGAACCCGAGCCCGGCCGGCCUCUACCACCUGUCGAUUGUCGUCAAGACGCCGCAGCGCGACGUCAAGAUCACUGCGCCGGACCGCGAGCGCCACGAGAUGUGGCUCACGGCCUUCGACUUCCUCAUCAGCAAGCGCAACUCGGCGUCUGCCGGCGCGGCCACCGCGGCCGUCGGCGCGCAGAGCGGCAGCGCCGACUUUGACCCCGACCGCACCAUCUCGCCGCGCAAGGCCGGGCACGACCGCACGCGCACCGACGGCACCAUCGGCAGCAAGCGCUUCCUGUCGCCGGCGCGCAGCAUGGCCAGCCUGGCGCCGGGCCGCAAGCGCGACUCUGCGCCGGCGACCGAGUCGACGCCGCGGCGGCGCGGCGCCAGCAUCGGCGCCUCGAGCACGCUCACGGGCAAGCGCCGCGACACUGCCGCGCACGAGUAUCUGAAGCAGUGGGACAGCGUGCGCGGGCGGCCGAUGAGCCCCACGGCCUCCAUCGGCGGCGUCUCGACGUCGCGGCGCAGCGUGGCGGGCAGCGAGCGGCGCGUGGACCGCGCCACCUUUGAGCCCACGACGCCGCUGGACCCGCGCCUGCAGACGGCCGAGCAGAUGCUCGAGGAGGACGAGGGCGAGAACUUCGACGGCCUCGAGAACGUGCGUGCCUGCUGCAACGGCGCCCACGACGUCGGCGACCUGGCGCACAAGAAGUACCAGUCGCAGAUGUCAGCGCGCACGCGGCGCGGCAGCGUGCGCUCGCGCCACUCGCGCGCCAGCUCCGUGCUGCAGCCGGGCGGCGGCUCGGGCCGUGACUCGGCCUCGCUGCGUGCCAUCAGUCCGCCGCCGCACCUGGCCACGCCGCAGCUCGGCGCCCUGAGCCUCAACGCGCCGCACCAGCGCUUCUCGAGCGGCCCGGACGGCAAGGCUGCCGCCGCUGCCGACGCGGAGCCGGGCUCGGCGCGCACGUCGAACAGCCUCGACUGGUUCAGCUCCAACGAGCAGCCGGCCAGCGGACGCACCACGCCGGCCGGCCUGGGCAGCACGUCGCCCACCGCCUCGACCUUCACCGACCGCAUCUCCAAGAUCCGCGCUGGCCGGCCCAGCGCCGGGCCGAGCGGCUCCGUGGCCAGAUAGGCGUCGUCCGCAGAGCUCCAUCCCCCCCCUUCCCUUCCGCCUAGAGGCCCCGUUGUCCCUGCGUCACCACGCGUGUGCCCCUUCUUCGCUGCGGUCCCCCGCCGGCCCGAUCUGACCCCCAUCUAUAGCCUGACGUGUCGUCCUGCGCUCCCCUUUACCCCAGCUCCGCGGCCGAAUUUAAGCAUGCCAUGUCAC